AUGGCAUCUCAGACGUUCGAAUGGCGGCCCGCGAAGCUGCUGCAGGAAUACGACAGUCCUCAAGACUUUGCUCUACUCAUCUUGAACCAGCCUUUGAAGAAUGGAGUUAACCUGCGCAAGCUCUGGAAGAACUCUUCGGUGAGAGUGGCAGCCGAUGGCGGAGCCAACCGACUCCACAAGCUCUCAUCCUUCCACGGCAAAUACUCCAACCUCCAGCUCAUCAUCGGCGACCUCGACUCUCUCACCCCAGCAGUUCGCAAUUUCUACUCUUCCCAACCGUCGCCUGCAACCGUCAUCCACGACGCCGACCAAGAGUCAACCGACUUUGGCAAGGCCAUCAACUGGAUUCGAAAAGAGUACCCCAACGGAAUCGAUAUCGUCGCUCUCGGGGGCAUCGGCGGUCGCGUUGACCAAGGCCUCUCGCAGCUUCACCACCUCUACCUCUUCCAGACAGACCCAAACUACGCCUCUGGCAGAAUUUACCUCCUCUCCGGCUUCAGCCUCACCUUCCUGCUCAAGCCCGGCACGCACAACAUCCAGGUCCGCGAGGACGGCGAGGAGGACUCCUUUGGCAAGCACGUUGGCAUCAUCCCUCUCAAGGAGCCCGCCAACAUCACGACGCAUGGCUUCGAGUGGGACGUGACCGACUGGCACACCGAGAUUGGCGGACGCCUCAGCACGAGCAACCACAUCCUGCCCGAUGUGCAGGUCGUGCAGGUCACGACGGACAAGGACGUACUCUUCACGGUGGCGCUCAAACAGGGCGAGGGUGAAGACCACGACUAG